AUGAUGGCGGCGGCGGCGCGCGGCGGCGGCUCGGGCGGCGGCGGCUCGGGCGGCGGCGGCGGCGCCUCGCGGGGCUUCUACUUCAACACCGUCUUGUCGCUGGCCCGCUCCCUGGCUGUGCAGCGACCGGCGUCUCUGGAGAAGGUUGAAAAGCUGCUUUGUAUGUGCCCAGUAGAUUUCCAUGGGAUCUUCCAGCUGGACGAGAGGCGGAGGGACGCGGUGAUCGCGUUGGGCAUCUUUCUCAUUGAGUCUGACCUCCAGCACAAAGACUCUGUGGUUCCUUACCUUCUUCGACUUCUUAAAGGUCUUCCGAAAGUGUAUUGGGUAGAAGAGAGCACGGCUCGGAAGGGCAGAGGUGCCCUCCCGGUGGCCGAGAGCUUCAGCUUCUGCCUGGCCACUCUGCUGUCCGACGUGGCUUACAGGGACGCUUCCCUGAGGGGCGAGAUACUAGAGGCGCUGCUGCGGGUUCUGCACGUGCUCCUGGGGAUGUGCCAGGCCCUGGAGAUUCAGGAGAAAGAGUACCUCUGCAAGCACGCGGUCCCGUGCCUGCUGGGAAUCACCCGCGCCUUCGGGCGGCACAGCAGCUCAGAGGAGUCGCUCCUGUCCAAGCUCUUCCCCAGAGCGCCACCGCACUCCCCCCGUGUCCCCGAGGAGCUGGAAGGCGUACGCAGGCGGUCCUUCAACGACUUCCGCUCCAUCCUCCCCAGCAGCCUGCUCACCGUGUGCCAGGAGGGCAGCCUGAAGAGGAAGGCCAGCAGCGCGUCCAGCGUCGCGCAGGUCAGCCCUGAGCGUGGGGCGCCCCCUCCCAGCCCCCCCGGAGGAUCUUCCUUUCACUGCCUCGAAGCCUCUCACUCACCCGACGGGAGCGCCUCGGAAUCCGACUACUACUUCUCUGCCGUCAGCUCCAGUUUCUCUGUCUCUCCUCUCUUCAACGGCGUCACCUACAAGGAGUUCAGCAUUCCCCUCGAGAUGCUCCGGGAGCUCUUAAACCUGGUGAAGAAGAUCGUGGAGGAGCCUGUCCUCAAGUCUCUGGAUGCAGUGGUCACAGGUGUGAUCGAGGCCAACCCCAGUGCCGACCUCUACUACGGCGCCUUCAGCGACCCCCUGUGCGUGGCUGUGCUCAGGAUGCUGCGAGACACCCUGUACUACAUGAGAGACCUGCCCACCUCCUUUGUGAAGGAGGUUCACGACUUCGUGCUGGAGCAGUUCAACAGCAGCCAGGGGGAGCUCCAGAAGAUCCUUCACGAUGCCGACCGGGCCCACAGCGAGCUGAGCCCCCUCAAGCUGCGCUGCCAGGCCAGCGCCGCCUGCGUGGAUCUCAUGGUUUGGGCAGUGAAGGACGAGCAGGGCGCAGAGAAUCUGUGCGUCAAGCUGUCUGAGAAGCUGCAGUCCAAGACUUCCAGCAAGGUCAUCAUCGCACACCUGCCGUUGCUCAUCUGCUGUCUGCAGGGCCUGGGCCGCCUGUGCGAGCGGUUCCCGGUGGUCGUGCACUCGGUGACGCCCUCCCUGCGGGACUUCCUGGUGGUCCCUUCCCCCGUGCUGGUGAAGCUGUACAAGUGCCACAGCCAGCACCACACAGUUGCCGGCAGCGACAUAAAGAUCAGUGUGACCAACGAGCAUGCCGAGCCGGCCCUGAACGUGGCGCCGGGGAAGAGGAGCCAGCCGUCCAUGUACGAGCAGCUUCGGGACAUCGCCAUCGACAACGUCUGCAGGUGCCUGAAGGCGGGCCUGACCGUGGACCCGGUGAUCGUGGAGGCCUUCCUGGCCAGCCUCUCCAACCGCCUGUACAUCUCCCAGGAGAGCGAUAAGGACGCACACCUGAUCCCCGACCACACCAUCCGAGCCCUGGGCCACAUCGCGGUGGCGCUGCGGGACACCCCGAAGGUCAUGGAGCCCAUCCUGCAGGUCCUGCAGCAGAAGCUCUGCCAGCCCCCCUCCCCGCUGGACGUGCUCAUCAUCGACCAGCUGGGCUGCCUGGUCAUCGCUGGAAACCAAUACAUUUACCAGGAGGUGUGGAACCUCUUCCAGCAGAUCAGCGUGAAGGCCAGCUCGGUCGUGUACUCGGCCACCAAGGACUACAAGGACCACGGCUACAGGCACUGCUCGCUGGCGGUGAUCAACGCCCUGGCCAACAUCGCAGCCAACAUCCAGGAUGAGCACCUGGCGGACGAGCUGCUCAUGAACCUGCUGGAGCUGUUCGUGCAGCUGGGGCUGGAGGGCAAGCGGGCCAGCGAGCGGGCCAGCGAGAAGGGGCCCGCCCUCAAGGCCUCCAGCAGCGCGGGGAACCUGGGCGUGCUCAUCCCCGUGAUCGCAGUGCUCACCCGGCGGCUGCCGCCCAUCAAGGAGCCGAAGCCGAGACUGCAGAAGCUCUUCCGGGACUUUUGGCUGUACUCGGUGCUGAUGGGCUUUGCCGUGGAGGGUUCAGGACUCUGGCCGGAGGAGUGGUACGAGGGCGUCUGUGAGAUCGCCACCAAGUCGCCGCUGCUCACCUUCCCCAGCAGAGAGCCCCUGCGGUCCGUCCUCCAGUACAAUUCAGCCAUGAAGAACGACACAGUCACACCCGCCGAGCUGAACGAGCUGCGCAGCACCAUCGUCAACCUUCUGGACCCGGCCCCCGAGGUGUCCACUCUCAUCGGCAAGCUGGACUUCGCCAUGUCCACCUACCUGCUGUCUGUCUACCGGCUGGAGUACAUGAGGGUCCUGCGCUCCACCGACCCCGACCGCUUCCAGGUGAUGUUCUGCUACUUUGAGGACAAAGCGAUCCAGAAAGACAAGUCCGGGAUGAUGCAGUGUGUGAUUGCCGUCGCCGACAAGGUGUUCGACGCCUUCCUGAACAUGAUGGCAGAGAAAGCCAAGACCAAGGAGAAUGAGGAGGAGCUGGAGCGGCAUGCGCAGUUCCUGCUGGUCAGCUUCAACCAUGUCCACAAGCGCAUCCGCAGGGUCGCCGACAAGUACCUGUCCGGGCUGGUGGACAAGUUCCCCCAUCUGCUCUGGAGCGGGACGGUGCUGAAGACCAUGCUGGACAUCCUGCAGACCCUGUCCCUGUCGCUGAGCGCGGACAUCCACAAGGACCAGCCGUACUACGACAUUCCCGACGUGCCCUACCGCAUCACCGUCCCGGACACCUACGAGGCCCGAGAGAGCAUCGUCAAGGACUUCGCUGCGCGCUGCGGGAUGAUCCUUCAGGAGGCCAUGAAGUGGGCGCCCACGGUCACCAAGUCCCACCUACAGGAGUACCUGAGCAAGCGCCAGAACUGGGUGUCCGGGCUGUCGCAGCACACGGGGCUGGCCAUGGCUACGGAGGGCGUCCUGCACUACGCCGGCUACAACAAGCAGAGCACCAGCCUCGGGGCGACGCAGCUCACGGAGCGGCCAGCCUGUGUCAAGAAGGACUACUCCAACUUCAUGGCCUCACUGAACCUGCGGAACCGCUAUGCAGGCGAGGUGUACGGAAUGAUCCGGUUCUCGGACGCCACAGGCCACACCUCGGACCUGAACAAGAUGAUGGUCCAGGAGCUGAGGGCGGCGCUGGGCGCCGGUGACGCUCAGCAGUACACGCAGGCCAUGUUCAAGCUGACAGCCAGGCUCAUUAGCAGCAGAGACUGUGACCCGCAGCUCCUCCACCACCUGUGCUGGGCCCCCCUGCAGAUGUUUAACGAGCACGGCAUGGAGACCGCCCUGGCCUGCUGGGAGUGGCUGCUGGCCGGCAAGAACGGGGUGGAGGUGCCGUUCAUGCGGGAGAUGGCCGGGGCCUGGCAGAUGACCGUGGAGCAGAAGUUCGGCCUGUUUUCUGUGGAGAUAAAGGAAGCAGACCCCCUGGCCGCGUCCGAAGCCAGCCAGCCCAGACCGUGCGCCCCCGAGGUGACCCCUCACUACAUCUGGAUCGACUUCCUGGUGCAGCGGUUCGAGAUCGCCAAGUACUGCAGCUCCGACCAGGUGGAGAUCUUCUGCAGCCUCCUGCAGCGUGCUCUGUCCCUGAGCAUCGGGGGCGCCGCGGGCAGCAUGAACCGGCACGUGGCGGCCAUCGGGCCCCGCUUCAAGCUGCUGACCCUCGGCCUGUCCCUGCUGCAUGCGGACGUGCUCCCCAACGCCACCAUCCGCAACGUGCUCCGCGAGAAGAUUUACUCCACCGCCUUUGACUACUUCAGCUGCCCCCCGAGGUUCCCGACCCAGGGGGAGAAGAGGCUCCGUGAGGAUGUCACCGUGAUGGUCAAGUUCUGGACCGCCGUGUUCUCAGACAAGAAGUACCUGACCGCCAGCCAGCUCGCUCCCCCAGACAACCAGGACACCCGGAGCAACCUGGACAUUGCGGUCGGCUCUCGCCAGCAGGCCACACAGGGCUGGAUCAACACGUACCCACUGUCCAGUGGCAUGUCCACCAUCUCCAAGAAGUCGGGUAUGUCCAAGAAGACCAACCGGGGCUCCCAGCUGCACAGAUACUACAUGAAGCGCCGGACCCUGCUGCUGUCCCUGCUGGCCACCGAGAUCGAGCGUCUCAUCACCUGGUACAACCCGCUGUCCUCCCCGGAGCUGGAGCUGGACCAGGCGGGGGAGAGCAGCGUGGCCAACUGGAGGUCCAAGUACAGCAGCCUGAGCGAGAAGCAGUGGAAGGACAACGUCAACCUGGCCUGGGGCAUCUCGCCGCACCUGGCCGUGCAGCUGCCUGCCAGGUUCAAAAACACGGAGGCUAUCGGCAACGAGGUGACGCGUCUGGUGCGCUUGGACCCGGGAGCCGUUAGUGACAUCCCGGAAGCCAUCAAGUUCCUGGUCACCUGGCACACCAUUGACGCCGACGCGCCCGAGCUCAGCCACGUGCUGUGCUGGGCGCCCGCGGACCCGCCCACGGGCCUGUCCUACUUCUCAAGCAUGUACCCACCGCACCUCACGGCGCAGUACGGGGUCAAGGUCCUGCGGUCCUUCCCGCCGGACGCCAUCCUGUUCUACAUCCCCCAGAUCGUGCAGGCGCUCAGGUACGACAAGAUGGGCUACGUGCGGGAGUACAUCCUGUGGGCCGCCUCCCAGUCCCAGCUACUGGCGCACCAGUUCAUCUGGAACAUGAAGACCAACAUCUACAUGGACGAAGAGGGCCACCAGAAGGAUCCCGACAUCGGUGAUCUCCUGGAGCAGCUGGUGGAGGAGAUCACGGGCUCCCUCUCCGGCCCGGCCAAGGACUUCUACCAGCGGGAGUUUGACUUUUUCAACAAGAUCACCAAUGUGUCAGCCAUCAUCAAGCCCUACCCCAAAGGCGACGAAAGAAAGAAGGCCUGCCUGUCCGCCUUGUCUGAAGUGAAGGUGCAGCCUGGCUGCUACCUGCCCAGCAACCAGGCCAUCGUGCUGGACAUCGACUACAAGUCCGGGACGCCCAUGCAGAGCGCUGCCAAGGCCCCGUAUCUGGCGAAGUUCAAGGUGAAACGUUGCGGGGUUAGUGAGCUUGAGAAGGAAGGCCUGCGGUGUCGCUCAGACCCCGAGGAGGAGGGCAGUGUGCAGGAGGCAGACAGCCAGAAGAUCUCCUGGCAGGCGGCCAUCUUCAAAGUGGGGGACGACUGCCGGCAGGACAUGCUGGCCCUGCAGAUCAUCGACCUCUUCAAAAACAUCUUCCAGCUGGUCGGACUGGACCUCUUCGUCUUCCCGUACCGGGUGGUGGCCACCGCCCCCGGGUGCGGCGUCAUCGAGUGCAUCCCCGACUGCACCUCGCGCGACCAGCUGGGCCGCCAGACCGACUUCGGCAUGUACGACUACUUCACGCGCCAGUACGGGGACGAGUCCACGCUGGCCUUCCAGCAGGCGCGGUACAACUUCAUCCGCAGCAUGGCGGCCUACAGCCUCCUCCUGUUCCUGCUGCAGAUCAAAGACCGGCACAACGGCAACAUCAUGCUGGACAAGAAGGGCCACCUCAUCCACAUCGAUUUCGGGUUCAUGUUUGAAAGCUCCCCCGGAGGCAACCUCGGCUGGGAGCCGGACAUCAAGCUGACGGACGAGAUGGUGAUGAUCAUGGGGGGCAAGAUGGAGGCCACACCCUUCAAGUGGUUCAUGGAGAUGUGUGUCCGUGGCUACCUGGCUGUGCGGCCCUACAUGGACGCUGUCGUCUCUCUGGUCACCCUCAUGCUGGACACGGGCCUGCCCUGCUUCCGUGGCCAGACAAUCAAGCUCCUCAAGCACAGGUUCAGCCCCAACAUGACGGAGCGAGAGGCCGCGAACUUCAUCCUGAAGGUCAUUCAGAGCUGCUUCCUUAGCAACAGGAGCCGGACCUACGACAUGAUCCAGUACUAUCAGAACGACAUUCCCUACUGAGGGUGGCCGGCCACAGCCCCGCUCCGCAGGUGUGCCAGCCGCCGCUCCACCCGAGGGACAGACGGGCCAGAGGCGCCCCUGCCGAGCCGGAGACUCACAGUCCCGGGUGCCACCCGCGCGGCCAGAAGGACAAUCAGAGCCGGUCUUGGCGUGGGCACGGGCUCUUCCUGCACUGGACACAUUCCCCACCCGUCCUGUCUCAGAGGUACAGGGAGUAUAUUCUUAGGCAUGAAAGUCAGAAAAGUGGUAUUUAACCAACGUGAGCAAAAUAAAAACAAAAACACCGCUGCGCUGGAACCUG